AUGGAAGCCAUCAAGAAAAUUACAGAUCUCCGAAAAGCUGUAUUUAAAAUCCGCAUUUCAGGUGCUAUAACAGGUAAAACUCUUGACAAGCUAAAUAAAGAGUUGCAAACUCAAAGUUGGAGAUCUCCAGUAGCCUUGGCUGUAGUAGUGAAUUCUCCAGGAGGUAGUGCAGCACAGAGUUCUUUAAUUCGUCAACGUCUAUUAGCGUUUUCUAACUCCCAGCCCACUUUUAUUUAGAACAAAAAUCAAAGUUAAAGGAGUGACAUGUUUUUAUUUAAAUCUAUGCUAAUUUUUCUAAUACUAUUUGACCUAAUAAAAUAAAUAAUAUUAGGGGUGAAUUUUUGAUUUUGGUGACAGUAAAUAGAGUAUCAAAAUUUAUUUAUUUACCAAAAAAUGAGAAUUUUACUGAUUAGUUUGUCACAAUUUAAUCGCAAGUAAAGCACCACCAUAUCCCAAUUUAUGCUUUUGCUGAAGACCUUGCUGCAUCAGGAGGAUAUUAUGUAAUGUCAGCUGGAAAUGAACUAUAUGCAACACCUGGGUCCAUAAUAGGAAGCAUAGGAGCUAUAUUCAAUUUAUUUGGGAUUAAAGGACUAGCAGCAAAAUACGGGAUUGAGCGUAGAAGCUGGGCUACUUCACCUUUAGAUCUAGAUGAAAGAAUUGACCCAUUAAAAGAGCUGAAGCCAGAUACCCUGAAAUGGCUUGAAGGUUUAGUAAAAGAAACUAAAAACGAAUUUACAGCUGUUGUGGAUGAAGCUAGAAAAGAAAGAAUAAAGGUAGAAAAUGCUAACUCCCCGCCCCCUCCGUGAGUGAAACAAAAAAAUUUUGUUCACUCACGGAGGGGGGUUAAUUUUUUUUUUUUAAAAAAAAUUUAUAUAUAAAUUUUAUAAAAAAUAUUUUUUUCGAAAUUUAAAAAAAUCCUAAUUCGCAAAAAUUGUAAAGCAAAUAUUAAUUCAAUUUGCAAAAUUUAUGUUUUAAAAAGCAAUUUGUUUAAAAUAAAACAGAAUUAGCUCUAUAUUUCAUUAUACUAAUUAUCAUUUAUAUAUUAUAACUUUUUUCCAUAAAAAUUUUUGUAUUAAAAAAAUUUUUGUUCACUCACGGAGGGUGGGUUUUUGGGCAAAAAAUAGCGAUUUUUCUAAUGUUUUGUUCACUCACGGAGGGGGGGGAGUAAGAAAGAAGAAAUUUUGUAUAACGGAGACGUUUUUACUGCAGAUGAAUCCAUAAAGCAUGGAUUAAUCGAUAAACUUGGGGUCUGUGACGAAGUUAUGAAAGAGAUAUUUCCAAAAUAUCAAAUAUUGGAUUUGUCAAAGUCUUCUAAGAUCCAGAGAAUUUAUCAAUCUAUCUUUGGGUAA